GAUCCGGAAUUGAUUAAACAAAUUCUGGUGAAAGACUUCCAUCUAUUCCCGGAUCGAUCCAAAUUUGGUCGAAGUGAUGAUCCGAUUAGGAGUAGAUUUUUGGUUUCAUUGACUGGCGAUGACUGGAAGAGAGUCCGAUCCAUAGUUAGCCCGACAUUCACUUCCGGAAAGAUGAAGAAAAUGUAUCCAAUGAUUAAGGAGUGUUUGACAGACUUUAUGAACCAUUUGAAGGGCUUUGCCGCUAAGAAAGAAGAGGUCAACGUAAAGGACUUGUACGGGAACUACACUAUGGAUGUGAUCGCCACGUGUGCCUUCGCCACCAAAACUGAUGUCUAUAAAGCACUCGAUAACCCAUUUAUAGUAAACGCGAAGAUGGCGUUCAAUCAAAGCCCUGUUAAAAGAAUAGCCCAAAUGAUGUUACCAGGGUUUGUACAAAGUGGGUUAGGGUUGUUCACAUCAACCAAAGAAGACUUCUUCUUUGUAACCAUUCGUCAGAUCCUCUCAAAUAGACGACAAAAUCAGAAUCAGAAAUACAAUGAUUUCUUACAACUGCUUAUUGAUGUGGAAAAAACAAAUGACAUCACAAGAGAUGAGAAUGAUAUCAAUGAAUCACAUCAUGUGAACGAAGGUGAGGAAGAGUUGGCGGUCGAGAGGAAGGCCCUGAAUAUAAAUGUUGUGAAUAAGCACUUGACUGAGAAUGAGAUCCUCGCACAGGCUAUGGUUUUCCUUUUGGCCGGGUAUGAGACGACGGGAACAUUGCUUUCAUUUUGUACGUAUGAAUUGGCACUCAAUCCUCACGUCCAGGAAAUACUACACAAAGAAGUAAACUCUGCCAUCGAUUCCAACGGAGAGAUUGAUUACGAUUUGUUGUCAAGACUUCCGUAUUUGGAUUCAGUCAUCUCAGAAACAUUGAGACUCCACUCCCCGGCCCAACGUUUGUCAACAAAGAAGUAA